CGCUGUGUGGCGGAGAUACGCGGAGAUACUCGGCGCACACUGCUUUCUGCCUUUCCUUGUCCGUUCUCCUCCACCUAACCGGCGGAUUCAGAGCCUCAUUUCCCUCUGCACUGUGAUUGACAACGCCUCUUGUCCAAUCACAGCGCUUGACAUUGCUCCCGGCAGCCAAUCGCAGUCGUACGUCGAUCUUAACCCGUCAAGCACGCUACUGUGCGUGUCUGUUAUGUGUGCCAGUGUUGACAAUAGGGUGAAAAAGAAACAGCCCCAAAUCACAAACGAGCUAAGGAAAACACCAAAAUCCAGGGGUUUGGGGAAGACAAGCAAUUGAAUCAUUAACAGGAAUGUAAUUGCGUUAUCAUAAUCGUUUUAUAUAGCCGUAUUUUGUUAUUAAUGGGAGUUUGAGGAUUAUUCCGUUGGAAGGAAAAAGGUACUCGUGGGUUUGGCUGUUUGAGGCCAGAUCUUCCUGCUGUUUGCACCGAGCUGGAGGUAGUCUCACAGCUAGAUAGAGCUCCAAACGUAGGAUAACUCCUCCGCCGCCGUCUCCGUUGCGAACCACAGAGGAUCAAGGUAAAGUACUACGUUUGGAGAGCUAACAGCCACUCGGUCGGCUGCAGCUUGUCGGGGUCGGGACUCGGGACUCGGGACGGUGUGUGUUUCCCAAGUCGGUCUGUCAGUCUGUGAGCGCUAGCUAACGGUAGCAGCAUUAGCACUGCCCCCUGUAUUUACAUCUGGGAUGAUGGGUGAUCGCCCAAGUCCGCCCAGCAGGGCUAUGUCCUCGGCAGCCACCACAUCUCCAUCUGUGGACAAAGUGGACGGAUUUUCACGGAAGUCUGUCAGGAAGGCCAAGCAGAAGCGGUCGCAGAGUUCGUCCCAGUUCCGCUCUCAGGGCAAACCCAUCGAGCUCACGCCCCUGCCACUGCUCAAGGACGUGCCAGCGCCGGAGCAGCCGGAGCUGUUCCUGAAGAAGCUGCAGCAGUGCUGUACUGUCUUUGACUUCAUGGACACGCUGUCGGACCUCAAGAUGAAGGAGUACAAGCGCUCCACGCUCAACGAGCUGGUGGACUACGUGACGGUCAGCCGGGGCUACCUGACCGAGCAGGCCUACCCCGAGGUCGUAAAAAUGGUGUCUCACAACAUAUUCCGGACCCUUCCGCCCAGCGACAGUAACGAGUUUGACCCUGAGGAAGACGAGCCCACGCUCGAGGCCUCCUGGCCACACUUACAGUUGGUAUAUGAGUUCUUCAUCCGGUUCUUGGAGAGUCAGGAAUUCCAGCCCAGCAUUGCCAAAAAGUACAUAGACCAGAAGUUUGUCCUACAGCUCUUGGAGCUGUUUGACAGCGAGGAUCCUCGGGAGAGAGACUACCUGAAGACAGUCUUGCAUAGAAUCUACGGCAAAUUCCUGGGUCUGAGGGCUUUUAUACGAAAACAGAUCAAUAAUAUUUUUCUACGUUUUGUUUAUGAGACGGAGCACUUCAACGGAGUGGCUGAGUUGCUGGAGAUCCUGGGGAGUAUAAUCAAUGGUUUCGCUCUGCCACUGAAAGCGGAGCAUAAACAGUUUCUGGUCAAAGUGUUGAUCCCCCUCCACACUGUCAGGAGUCUGUCCCUCUUCCACGCACAGUUGGCGUAUUGCAUUGUACAGUUCCUAGAGAAAGACCCAACAUUAACAGAACCAGUCAUCAGAGGCUUACUGAAGUUUUGGCCAAAAACCUGCAGUCAAAAAGAGGUAAUGUUUCUAGGCGAGCUGGAGGAGAUCCUGGACGUCAUCGAACCAACACAGUUCGUCAAGAUCCAGGAGCCGCUCUUCAAACAGAUCUCCAGAUGUGUCUCCAGCCCGCAUUUCCAGGUUGCAGAGCGAGCUCUGUACUACUGGAACAACGAGUACAUCAUGAGUCUGAUCGAGGAGAACUCCAGCGUCAUCCUGCCCAUCAUGUUCGCCAGCCUCUACAGGAUCUCCAAAGAGCACUGGAACCCGGCCAUCGUGGCGCUGGUGUACAACGUACUGAAGGCCUUCAUGGAGAUGAACAGUACCUUAUUUGAUGAACUCACAGCCACUUACAAGUCAGACCGCCAGCGUGAGAAGAAGAAGGAGAAGGAGCGAGAGGAGCUCUGGAAGAAGCUGGAGGACUUGGAGCUGAAGCGGGGCCUUAGGAGCGACGGGAUCAUCCCAACUUAACGAAGACAGCGCCACGCUCCCCUCUGCCCUCCCCUCCUCCUCUGCCCCUGUGACUCCCCCUUCCCCUCCAUCCUUACCCCCUCCCCCCCACAUCAGCCAUGUCUGCCCAGAGCUCUGAGAAAUCCCCGAUACAGGCCAUGGUCUCUGGAUCGACACGAAGCGCCCCGCUGGUUUCUUAAUGGUUUUUUUUUCUUAUGGUUUUUUUUUCUCCUGUGUUUGUGCGACUUACUUUACAGUAGAUUCAUCACGUCUGUUUUCAUUAUUUCAACAGCACUGUAAAUAAUAUUUUUUUUCUUUUUUUUCCCCUUAAACUGAUAUUAUUGCAAACGGAAAAACAAAACAAUAAUAAAUAAAAAAAAAAGGAAGAAAAAAAUAGAAAAUGAGAAAAUGACUUGUGUGGGAGGGGGAAUUUAACAAAAAAAACAACUUUUGGACUGUACGACGUGAGACGAACUCUUGGAAAACAACAAAAAACGGCAAAAAAGAGAAGAUUUGAACUUGUCAUCCCACUCUUCUUCUUCAGUACAGUCCCGUGUAUCAUUUUUAUUUUCCUGGUUCUCCUCUUUGCUUUUCCUCUCGUUGCCUCUGUCUUUCGGUUCCCUCCCUCCUUCCUCUCUAAUGGUGCAUCUUUUCUGCCCCCGUGUGGGACAUCUGGACUAAUAAUGGGUUCCCCACUCCCCCCUUGAGGUUCCUCUCUGGCCCCGCCCACAUGUCUACAGGUUCUUCUUCCUGUUUUAAAUAGGUGGGGAGGGGGGGGGGGUGUAAAACACAUUUUAAAAACAACAACAGGGACUUCCUCAGUACACACUAACUGUAUCCUCCUGAGUGCGUUUACAUGCGUGUUCAUGUACGGGUAUUAAAUCUUAUUUCUAUUGUUCAGUUUAGUACCUUUUUCACGCUCAAACUACAUAAUUAAGUCCCUCAACAUUCAUAUUUUACGAUCUCAAAAUACUGAAAGAAGUUGAGUUUGAAAUCCCACGUAUUUGACCACAAACGCACCUUAAACAGCAACUCUGGCAGGACCUCGGUGACAUUGCAUUUCCUGUGGCUGCUUCAAAAUAAAAGCCGCCAUGUGUUUUAACACUUUAACGUGAACUAGCAGCAGCAGUAGGUUAAGUUCAGUUUCCAUUAGCUGUAGAAAAAGGCAGCUCUGAUGCCCCUCGACGAAUAAUCUACCGUAAAGUUCUAGUACGUGCGCUCAAGGCAGAAUUAUCUAGAUAAUUACUGAAUGGAUUCUGCAUAAAUGCUCACUAUAAAUCACAAUUGGGCUUUGAAAUAAUGAACGUUUCUUGAACCACUGUGGAGGAUUCUUUUUCGCCUUUACUUUGGUCCCAUCUGGUGGUCGUAUCAAAAAUGACACUGGUGAACGGCGUGAGGGGAAAAUAAAGAUGCUGCGAACCAAUGAAUUAACUUAGAGACAGAACCAUUGACGAAACAAAGUAUUUUUAUUUUUGAAUGCCCAAAUUAUUCAUUUAAUGACACGUUUUACCACCAAUCUUCCACCCGACUCUAUGCCUGCAUCACACGACCUCGGAUACUUUUAAAGAUAAUUUUUUUGGGGCAUUUUCAGCCUUUAUUUUGAUAGGACAGCUGAAGACAUGAAAGGGGAGAGAGACAUGCAGCAAAGGUUGGAGUCGAACCCGCGGCCCGCUGCGUCAAGGAGUAAACCUCUACAUAUGGGCGCCCGCGCUACCAACUGAGCUAUCUGGGCUCCCUGAUGUCGGACACUUUUCAUUUUGAAACAACAGUCGAGCAUCACUUCAUGUUUUGCUGUUGCUUGGAUGAGAUCACAUCCUGGUUAUUUCAGAUCCUGUUCACCAUUAUUUAUUUUUACCUUUUUUUUUUUGUGUGUGUGUUUUUAGAACUUAUAACCUCACACAGGGUUGGGAUGCGGCUUCAUCUAAACGAGAAUGUGAAGCGUGUGAAUCCAGAACGCUCCGCAUGUAAACGCACUCCGUUCCCUUUUCUUCCUCCUCCAAACGUGGACUACUUCUCAUCCAGUUGGUUCUUUUUUCUCCUUCCCUCCAUCUUUUUUUUUUUUUUUUUUUUUUUUUUUAAACCUUUUUGACCCCUCCCUCCCUCCUUACCUGCCACACCAGAGGUCCAUUCCAGAAAGCAGGUUUAGUGAAAACUCUGAGUUAGUUAACCCUGAGAUGAGGGAAACUCUGGGUUUCUGUUUCAGAAAGAGAGGUGUAUCAGACCUGAGAGAGAGGG